GACAUUUGACGUACGGCAUAUUUUAAAGAAAGGUUACGUGUCUUUUUAAACAUACCAAAAUCGUGUAGUCUGGUCAUUUUUGUAAAUUAAGUGAGAUUUACAAAAAUGCAUUCCGUUUUACAAAGAGGAAAUGCAAUAUUAGCAUACGCUCUAAGCGUUCUCGCCUUUUUAACAUUUCUUUGCUUUGCGUCUACAGUUUUCCUAGAUUAUCGAACCAAAGCUGACAUGAAUACAGUUAAGGUGGUGGUAAAAAACGUCCCCGAUUAUAGUGCCUCGCGUGAGAAGAACGAUUUAGGUUUCCUCACGUUUGACUUACAAACUGACCUUUCGCACUUAUUCAAUUGGAAUGUAAAGCAGCUGUUCUUAUAUUUAACAGCGGAAUAUGAAACUCCUAGCAAUCAACUAAACCAGGUUGUCUUGUGGGAUAAGAUUAUUUUGCGUGGAGAAAAUGCUGUGCUCGACUUCAAAAAUAUGAACACUAAGUAUUACUUUUGGGAUGAUGGUAACGGUUUAAAGGGGAACAAAAAUGUCACAUUAACCUUAUCGUGGAAUAUAAUUCCUAAUGCUGGAUUGUUGCCGAACAUAUUUUCACAUGGGUCACAUUCCUUCAAAUUUCCAGUUGAAUAUACAACGUCUAGAAUGUAAUUUAAUUAAACAAUCGUAACUAAAAGUAGGUAUAGGAGAACGUGUCGGUUGUGUUCAUACAUGAAAAUAAAUUUAAUUGUUUUGUUUA